CCCAAGUACAGAGCGCUGGCGCUCAUGAGGCUCCGAGCUUCUGCCGACACGGUCGGCGGCGUGGUCAGCAUGCUAGGACUGACGAACAACACCCGGAAGGAAGUGAAUACCAGAGGGCAUGCUGCAGGCGUCAUCUUGGAGCUCUCUCGGGACCUUCUCCUUGAGAGCUUCCCAGCAAUGCUGCCGAUCGUGUCAUCGUUGAUCGUUGCUGCUGACAACUCUGGCAACGAUGUGACUGUGAGCAUGGAGUUCACCUGGUUCGGUGUGAAAAUCCUCAACAAGAUCAUGGACAAUCCGGACAACUGCAACAAGGUCGCGGAUGCUGAUGGCCAGGUGAUUGCAAGCAUUGUGAACCUCACAGCUGUUACUGGUGAUGAUCGCAGCUUGAGCAUAGUCUCAUCAUCUGCAGUCAGAGACGAAGAGAUCAUUUUGGAGGCAGUUCAGGUGUUGCACAAGCUAGUUAGCGCUGCUGGUGAUUCUGGGAGAGUGCUUAGGUGCAAAGUCUCUGACAAUGUCUAUGUACUCAGGAACAUUAGCAAGAUACUACAACACCCUAGAAGCCAAGUAAAGCUACUUGUUGAAGCCAUUGGAGUUCUUGCUUGUUUAGCAUUGGAUGAGACCGGGAGGGAAGAGAUUGCAUCCUCUCCACAAAUUAUUAGGAAGCUUGUCUCUUUCCUUGUUCCAAGGUCACAGAUGAUUUCUGAAAUUUCAGCUGAUAGAAGACAGCUAGCAAAACCUAAUGCUGAAGCACUAGUUAUGCUUGCAAUGGAUAAUCAAAGCAUUGUCUGGAAGAUCCAAGAAGAACUGAAGCCUCAAGACAUGCAGAAACUUGUCGAGAUGCUCUCUGCUGACUCUACUGGGUUCAAAACGAACGUUGCAAAACUUUCGGGCAUUUUACACGCCAACUCCAGAGCAGAGCAUGCUCAUCUUCAGAAGACAAUAAUCAACACUGCACUACCAACGCUGCUGAAAGCAAUAAAGUCAGAAGUGGAGAAGCUAGAGGAUCCUGUACUGUAUGCUGGAGAACAUGCUAAUAAUUUCCAAGAAUGGAGGACCAAGCAGGGUGCACUACUAGAGAGCUUUGUUGGGCUCAGUGUUCAGAUCUGCACAUCCAUUCACGCAAGCGAUUUCAAUGAAGCUCUCCGGAGUGCCAAUGUUACAGUGUACAUGGUCAUGCAGAAGCUUAGAAAGAUCCUAGAUUUAUACAAGUCACCAGCCAUCGAGUUCCCAGGGAUAAGGCGAGUCGCAGUAGAACUAAUCAUUUGGAUGAAGCAAUGCAGUAGCCACUGCAAUGAAGUUUUCUUUCAGUGUGAAAUGGAUAAGGCGCUGAAAGAAGUAGCUGGAACAGAAGAAAGGCUUGAAAUGUUUAAGAUAUUCUACUAUGGUGUUGGAAUUGUUAAGCACAGCGAGCCCAUUUCUUCCCUUGUCAACUUAGCUCUCGGUCUCUAAGCUAUCACUGGUAUGCGCUGAAUGUUCUGUUUCUUUAUUGCAAAAGAUGGGAACAGAGAUGUGCGGCCUUCAUCUUGAGGAUGUGGCUAAGUCAAAGCUUGAAGGAGAAAAGCUGAAGGAACUCGCAAGACCUUCUGAAGAUGCAGAAUAAUUUUAAUUCUUGUCUAGUUUGGUCAUGUUAGUUGUUUUGGUUAAACCUUUGUAGGACAAGUCCUUAUCUUUUGCUUGCUUGCAGUCUGAACUUGAUAUAUUCACUCAGUUAUUUUAUUUGUAAUGAAGUUCUGUGGCCCAAUCUUUAUCAGGCAAACUCCGUUUA